CUCCAUUGGCGCAUUUUUUACCUUACAGAACGGCGCAGAAGGAACCUGUUCUGCACUGGCUGAUUGGUACAUUUCUACAUAUUCUUUUUGGGAGUUUUGCUUUCGACACCUGCCACGAAGCUCCUACCUCGCAGUCAUCGACCUCAGAUACGAGUCUCGGUCCGACAUCUACAUAUAACUAUAUCACCUCGACUUACCCACGAACGGUAUAGCCACCAUGGCCGCCCAGGGUCCCUCCGUACUCCCUCCCACGACUAUCCACUCGUCAAAGUCCAUCUCUCAAGCCGCAGCGCAUGACUUCCUCGCCGCUUAUCUCGAUCGCGCCGCCACAGACCCUUCUCUCCAACCCAAUGCCGGCAUCACUGAAUAUGGGCCCCAGUCACGCACCACAGUCUCGGCCCCCAAUUUGGUCCUGCAUAACCUGAAGCGCGUCCAGGCCGGGCUAACAGGCGAGGUUCUUGGUCGGGAUCUGACCUUGGCGAAGCUCAGUGCCGGGGACGAGGACAAGGCAGAUGAGGGGUGGGAGGACCCGAAGAAGGUCGCAGAAGAGGCCAAUGCUGAGGAGGACGAUCAAGUUCAGAUGGAAUGGGAUGCUGGGGUGCCAGAGCAAAAUACCGAGGCGACUGGAGGUGCCCUCGAUAAAGAGGAACGGAAGCGCAAGAAGAAGGAACGGAGACUGGCGGAGAAAAAGGCGAAAGCCAAGUUGGAUGCUUGAGAUGAA